AUUGAUUGGUCACGUGAUGCUGUAGCUAGCAGACGAAAGCUGCUGAUAUACAAGACAGAAGCAUGAUGGCCGAUACCUAAAGUAAAAUAUAUGAUGUUCAAAACACAACGAUGAGUUGGUGUCUGAUGAAUUUUAUUUUUGGAAUAUUUAUGUUCUCUCAUCUCUAUGUUGCAGUUGAAGCAAUAAAUUGCUACAAAUGUUCCUCCAGAAACUUCAGCGAUCCUUUUUGUCACGACCCCUUCCACCCAGCCUACAAUAACGUAACAGUAGACUGUGGGGAGGGGCGAGAGGGGAGGGUCGGACUUUUCCCAGCGAGGUACUGCACCAAGAUCAAAGGCACCAGUUCUAUAGAUGGGACGGAGACAAUAAUUCGUUCCUGCUCUAUCGAGUCGCUGGACGCAAACUGUAAUCAAUUCAAUUUGGAGAAUGUUUUGUAUGACGGAUGUGUAUCCUCGUGUGAGACGGAUGCAUGCAAUCCUGGGAGCAGACCAAUGACAGAUACACUUCAAGUAAUCACUGCUGCAAUGAUCUGUAAAUGGUUGUAUUACAGCUUUUAAAAUGGAUGCACGCGAUGCUGGAUAUUAACAACCAUCACAUGUACGAGAUGGUCAUGUAAUUACCAGUGGAAUCAUUGUAUAAUAAGCAUGCAGUUUGAGGGAAAAUUGAGUGCAAAUAACAUGAUCAAUUCCUGACAUGACAAUCUAAUUUAAAGAUAUUUUUGUAUCAUACAUAAAUCAGUAUUUAGGAUAGAGAAAGAAACACCAUUUAAUUAAGCCACACAUUUUACAUUUUUUCAAGAGUUUUUUUUUUAAUUAAAUGUUUCUUAUUUCACUUAUUUUCCUCAUAUUUGAUGAAAAAAUAGAAAAGUAAAAACUAUUGGAAUCCACCUAUUUUUAUAUUUUAAAAGCGACGAAAAUAAAGAUUGGUCUUGAUUAAAUCAAUCUAACAUUUUGAAUUUGUUAUCUAAAGCUGUACUAAACAUUUAAUAUUCAAU